CUGGUGUUGGAUGUGCAGCUGCUUGGUGUUUGCUGAUCUGGCUGCAGCUCAGAAAAGACACUUUCAAGGUGCAGGAUCACAAGGCAGUAUGGACACGGGCUUCAGCAACUGCAGAUGUAGCUGAAAAGAAAACCACCUACAUUUGUGGAAACACCACCAAAAGUAAGGAUUAUUGCUAGAUUCCAUUCAAACACAGAGGAAGUUUCCCCUGCUUUGUUAUAAGCUGACUUUCUAUUAUGACUGGUGCAGUCACAUUUCCACUUGCAAGUUGAAGGGGGGGGGGGAACGCAUAACAAAACUUCAUCCUGGGUUUAAAUAACAAAGCCAGGAGAGAUGAUUGCUUUUGAUCCUCUUUACCUCCUGGGGCUGUGGAGGAGAGAUAGGAGGGGUCCUGGCUUGAGUGGAGAGUUGGAACGUAGAAAAGAAACUUGGUCUAAACCAGCAUUUGUACUAAUUCUGUUACACAUUUUGGGAAGUGCGUGGUCCCAGUCUGAGCAACUAUACUCCUGCCCUGCAUUCUGUGAGUGCUCUAAGCAAGCUGAGACUGUCAAAUGUGUAAACAAAAACUUAACUGUGUUACCCCGGGAUUUUCCUCCAUAUGUUCGGACCCUUUUCAUAACAGGCAACCGUAUCAGCAGCCUGCACGAAGGCGCCUUCAAACAACUCCAUUCUCUUGAAAAGCUGUCCAACCUCAAUUUCAGUGGCAAUCGCCUGCAAGAAUUGGGCAGCAAUGUAUUUAGUGACCUGCCAAACCUCACACAGCUAGACCUCAGCAAUAAUUUAUUGGAGAAUGUAAGCUCCUUAGCUUUUCAAGGGGCUGCGAAUGGUAGCAACUCUCUCAUUGAGUUGAACCUUAGCAACACUGUGUUCAAUGAAUCCUUAAUCUCUCUGUUGGGAGCUGCCCUGCAGAGGGGAGCGUUAAAAAGCCUCAAUAGGUUGGAACUAGCUGGGAAUAACUUAUUAUAUCUACCCAUGGGUAUGUUUGACUCUUUACCCAGCCUCAAACACCUUGAUCUACACAACAAUUCAUUACUGGGCUUGCAACCAGGAAUCUUUACCAAACUAAAGCAGCUUGAGACUCUGGAUCUUAGCUCUAACUCCUUCAAGUUUCUGGAAAAUAAUACACUCUUUGAUCUCCCUAAACAACCAGGCCUGGUAAUCAACUUCAACAAUAACAGCUGGGUCUGUGAUUGCCAGAUUGGUGACUUUGCAAGCUGGCUCAAUGAGUCUACAGUGGUUAAGGAUGCUGUUACCCUUAUGUGUUCCUCUCCAGAGAAGAUGAAUGCCACGCCGAUUGUUUCUAUAAAACUAUCAGAACUUGAAUGCUAUGACAUUGAUGACACUAGUUUGCAGACGUCCUACGUGUUUCUGGGUAUAGUGUUAGCCCUCAUAGGUGUGAUCUUUCUGCUUGUUUUAUACUUGAACAGAAAAGGGAUUAAAAAGUGGAUUUACAAUAUCAGAGAUGCAUGCAGGGAUCACAUGGAGGGCUAUCACUACAGAUAUGAAAUUAAUGCAGACCCCAGGUUAACAAAUUUGAACACAAAUUCAGAUGUCUAAACUUUUUUUUUUAUGAAAGCAACACUUUAACUAUGCAUGAACAUUAUGUACAAAUGAUGCAUUUAACCUUGUGAUUGCCCUUCAUUUCACUUCCUGCUGGAAAAUUAAAACGUUACAACAAUGGUAGGACAUUUGGAUGCCUCCGUUCUGAAUGCUGUUUAUUGCUACAUCAUUUAAUUUGUACUGUACACCCUAAAUCUCGCAUGCUGAAUAUACAUAAGAAACUUUUUUAUGUUUGCAGAUAAACUGUGGAAUUCUAUCUUGAAGAAUUAUUUAAAAAUGUAAAACUUUGAACUGCGACAACUCCAAUUUUUUUUUAAAAGUUUUUUUUUGUGCAUCCCACUUGCCAACCCAUUCACCACUGAACGUCAACUGCCUCAAAUUUUUUUUUUUAAUUUUGAAUGGGGAGAAAUGUUUUAUUUUUUUAUUUUAUUUUUUUUGGGGGGGGGGGCAAACUGUUAGAUUGUUAGCAUAUUUGAAAUGUGCUGCAUGUGCAACAUAGGAUCUCAUAAUACGUAGCAUGUAUACGCAUUUUAUAAAUUUAAGAGAAACUGAAUGAAGCACACAAUGCUUUUGCACUGUUUUAUAUAUAAAAAUAUGUGGUUUAUAGAAAGUUCCUAUAAACUGCACAAUAGUCUAAAUUCAAUAAAAAGUUUUGUUAAAAUUGA